CCGAGCGACGCCCGCCAUUCUUAUUUGCUGUCAAAAGUGCUAAUGUCGCGAAGUUGUGGAUGAUUUUUUUGUUGGUUGAGGCGUAAUAACACACUAUUCGUUGUAGUUAGGAUUAUUUUACACAAUGUCUAAUAUAUCUCUUGAUAAAGACACAUUUUUUCGUCGAAUGAAAAAAUUGUAUGCGGCGUGGAAGACAGCUGCAACAGAUUCUAAAAGUGAUGAUGCCUUGGCUAAAGUUGAUUGUUUAGUUUCCUGCGUUGGAGUAGAUGAAGAUACACUUUAUAGCAAAUCAACAGCACUACAGACAUGGCUGUUUGGAUACGAGUUGCCAGAUACUAUUACAGUUCUCACAGAAAAUAGUAUGUGUUUCCUCGCCAGCAAGAAAAAAAUUGAGUUUCUCAGACAGAUAGAAAACGGGAAAGAUGAAACUGAGCUACCUCCAGUAAAGUUAUUAAUAAGAGACAGAAAUGACAAAGACAAAGAAAACUUUAACAAACUUAUACAAGAGAUCAAAAAAUCAAAAUCUGGUAAGAAUCUUGGUGUAUUUGCUAAAGACAAUUAUCCAGGAGAGUUUUGUGAAAGUUGGAAAGCCACAAUGAAAGCAGAGAAGUUUGAAAAUGUUGAUAUAAGCUCAUCUAUAGCCAUCCUCAUGGCACCCAAAGAAGAUCCUGAAAUCAUAACUGUUAAAAAAGCUUGUCUUGUGACAGUUGAUGUUUUCACAAAGUAUUUAAAAGAUCAAAUUAUGGAAAUAAUUGAUUCUGAUAAGAAAGUGAAACAUUCUAAAUUAGCUGAGGGUGUAGAAGCAGCUAUAUCUGAUAAGAAAUAUGUCACUGGUGUUGACACAAGCCAAGUGGACAUGUGCUAUCCGCCUAUUAUACAAUCUGGGGGCAACUACAGUCUCAAGUUCAGUGCUGUUUCAGAUAAAAAUCAUUUGCAUUUUGGAUCUAUUGUUUGCUCUUUAGGUGCUAGGUAUAAAUCUUACUGUUCAAACAUAGUCCGUACAUUGCUGGUCAAUCCUACGGAUGAAAUACAGAGCAAUUACAAUUUUCUGUUGAAUAUGGAAGAAGAAGUGAUGAAAAAACUAGUUGCUGGAGCAAAAUUGUCAGCAGUUUAUGAAGCUGGCUUAGAAUUGGCGAAAAAGGAGAAGCCUAAUUUGGUAGACAACCUAACAAAAAGUUUUGGAUUUGCAAUGGGUAUUGAAUUUCGAGAAAGUUCUAUUGUGAUUGGUCCAAAAACUACAGUAACAGCUAAAAAAGGAAUGAUAUUCAACAUAAACAUUGGCUUGGCGAACUUGACUAACAGUGCUGCUACUGAAAAAGAGGGAAAGACUUAUGCCCUUUUCAUUGGUGACACAGUAUUAGUGAAUGAGGAGCAGCCAGCCCAACUCCUCACCCAAUCCAAAAAGAAGAUCAAAAACAUUGGAAUCUUUUUGAAAGAUGAUGAUGAAGAGGAAGAAGAAGAGAAAGAAAAUAAGACUGAGAUACUUGGCAGAGGUAAAAGGACCGCUGUCAUAGAGUCAAAGCUGCGUACAGAGCAUUCCUCUGAAGAGAAACGCAAGGAACAUCAAAGAGAGUUGGCCAUUGCCCUCAACGAGAAAGCUAAAGAGCGUUUGGCCAAACAGUCUAGUGGGAAAGACAGUGAAAAGGUCAGGAAAAGUACAGUAUCAUACAAGAGUGUCAGUCAGAUGCCCCGGGAAAAUGAAGUCAAGGAUCUCAAGCUCUAUGUGGAUCGUAAAUAUGAAACUGUGAUCCUGCCUAUCUUCGGGGUGCCAGUACCAUUCCAUAUAUCUACCAUAAAGAACAUCUCACAGUCAGUAGAAGGUGAUUACACAUAUCUCAGGAUAAACUUCUUCCAUCCCGGCGCGACUAUGGGCAGGAACGAGGGCGGGAACUACUCACAGCCAGAUGCUACGUUCGUGAAAGAGGUCACAUAUCGAAGUACAAACACAAAAGAACCCGGCGAAAUAUCGCCACCGUCGUCAAAUUUAAACACCGGCUUCAGACUCAUAAAAGAAGUCCAAAAGAAAUUCAAAACGCGAGAAGCGGAAGAGAGGGAGAAGGAAGACUUGGUGAAACAGGACACACUAGUGCUUUCUCAGAGUAAAGGCAACCCCAAACUGAAAGAUCUUUACAUUAGACCUAAUAUAGUCACUAAGAGAAUGAGCGGAUCUUUAGAGGCACACUCUAACGGCUUCAGAUUCACAUCGGUCAGAGGUGAUAAAGUAGACAUUCUGUAUAACAACAUAAAGAAUGCGUUCUUCCAACCUUGUGAUGGUGAAAUGAUUAUAUUACUACAUUUUCAUUUGAAACAUGCUAUUAUGUUUGGUAAAAAGAAACAUGUGGACGUCCAAUUCUACACGGAAGUGGGUGAAAUAACGACAGAUCUUGGUAAACAUCAACACAUGCACGAUAGAGACGAUCUAGCGGCGGAACAAAGCGAGCGUGAGCUUCGACACAAACUCAAAGUCGCCUUCAAGAGCUUCUGUGAGAGGGUAGAGAAUAUGACUAAGCAGGAGGUCGAGUUUGAUACACCAUUCAGAGAGCUCGGUUUCCCCGGCGCGCCGUUCCGCAGCACAGUACUCCUCCAGCCCACGUCCGGCGCCCUGGUCAAUCUAACGGAGUGGCCGCCGUUUGUGAUCGCCUUAGAAGACGUAGAAUUAGUGCACUUCGAAAGAGUACAAUUUCACCUGAAGAACUUUGAUAUGGUGUUCGUAUUUAAAGAUUAUGCUAAGAAAGUUGCUAUGGUGAACGCUGUCCCUAUGAAUAUGCUAGAUCACGUCAAGGAAUGGCUCAAUUCAUGUGACAUCCGCUAUUCAGAGGGUAUUCAAUCUCUAAACUGGACAAAAGUUAUGAAAACUAUCACCGAUGACAUAGAAGGUUUCUUUGAUAAUGGGGGCUGGUCAUUCUUAGACCCUGAAUCUGAAGAGGAGAAUGCUGCACAGGAAGAAGAUUCGGAAGAGGAGGAUGAUGCGUACGAGCCUACGGAUGCCGAGUCCGAAGAGGAAUCCGAGGACGACUCCGAAUAUGAUUCGGAGGCCUCCGACGAAUCCGACGGAUCCGGUGACAGUGAAGGUGAAGAAGACGAAGAGUCCGGCAAAGACUGGUCAGAUCUAGAGCGCGAGGCGGCCGAGGAGGAUAAAAAGGAGCGCAAUUACGACCGCGAGGACUUCGACCGCAAACGUAAGGGCGGCCGCGAACGAGACCGCGGGCGGUACAGCGACGAGGAGCGCGGCAAGAAGGCCAAGCACGAGAAGCCCUCACACAAGACCUCGCACAAGAGUUCCCACAAGAGUCCACAUAAGAGCCCCCACAAGAGUCCCUCCAAACACUCCAGUUCCAGUCCGUCUAAGAAUCGCGACAAGCAUAAGUCGUCCCACUCCAACGACCGGCACAGCAAGACCAACGGCGACCACAAGAAGCACGGCGACCGGUCGCACAAGCGGUCACGUGACGACAGUCGCGAACACGAACGCUCGUCCAAGAAAGCCAAGAAAUAAAUUACUGCAGACAACGAAGUCUUACAAAUUGUUGUCAUGUGUGGAUACAACGGGUUUUCCUGACCUCACCUCGGUCUAUGAAUCAAUCUCUUAAGUUUACAUCUAGUGUCUGUCUGCAUAAUGUUCAAAAACUGAUUGCCUGAAUGUAAUGUAUGUAUGUAGAUUACCAAUAAUUCCAGCGAUAAUUGUAAUUUAAAUUAUAAGAUUUAAUAAU